UUCUUUCCUUGUAGGCGGGGACACCGGUAAGCUACAAGUACACUCUCAACGCCUUUUCGGCAGAUUAGUACGGACCAACGGAUACAGAACUCACAAAGACGCAAUAAAAAGGACGGACUAUACAUUACUUUUAGCAGAUCAAUGAAUAAAGACACAGAAAUCGACAUGGAAGAGGUGAAGCUCAACGAGCUGGAUCUUGAGAAGCAGCCCAUGACAGGUGAUGGCCAGGCUGCAGGUGGUGAGAAGAAUGGCAGCGUCAAGCUGAAGGUCCCCGAGGAUGAGGUCACAUUCACAGGCCUGUCCAAAGAGGAGCUGAUGAAAGUCGCUGGCACUCCAGGAUGGGUGCGGACCCGUUGGGUGCUUCUUAUUCUGUUUUGGUUGGGCUGGGUCGGCAUGCUGGCUGGAGCUAUUGUGAUCAUAGUCCAGGCCCCUCGCUGUAAACCCAUCCCUGAUAUGAAGUGGUGGAAUGAAGGCCCUCUGUACCAGAUCUCUGACCUUAUGGCCUUCUCUGGAGGAAUGAAAGGUGUUGAGGAGAAGUUGGAUGACAUGACUCAGCUGAAGGUCAAAGGGCUGGUGCUUGGGCCUUUUCACAGCGUUCAGGGUGACCAACUGAGCACUCUCAAUCUUCAGAUGAUUGACCCGACCCACGGAUCAGAAGAAUACCUGCGUGCUGUGCUGGCAAAGGCCCACAAGAAGGGCAUUUCUGUAAUACUUGACCUGACUCCAAACUACUCAGGAUCUAAUCCCUAUUUUGAUAACAACGAUGAAAUAAUGGAGAAACUCAAGAAAGCAGCAGAGUACUGGCUGAGUUUUGGCGUCGAUGGCAUCAAGUUACCGAACCUCUCUGUUGCCUCCAACUUAACUAAUUGGUCAGAACUGCUGGCAACUGUGCAGGCAAACCGCACUGAGGAAAACAAGCCGAGGGUGCUGAUGGGCGUUGUUGAAGGUAUUUCAGCCUUGAACAUCUCUCAGUUGGUCAAUUCUUCUGGUGCAGAUCUUGUCCUGUCUGACCUGCUUAGCACCAAAAAGGAAGGUAAAGAGCGUAUCAGGGUCAUGGACCUCCUUCACCCUGAGCAGAGAAAUCUGGGCUGGGGUCUUGGUGCCUGUAGACGGGACCAUUUGUCUAAACUGGCUCCGGGCCUGAUUCGCCUCUACCAGCUUCUGUUGUUCACCAUGCCCGGAACGCCUGUGUUUACCUAUGGAGAUGAAAUUGGCCUUCAGGCAGAGGGUGCAGAAUCCCCAGAGAUGGUUUGGGACGUAGAGAAAGAACCUUCCAAAGAUGCUGAUAUCAAUAAGGGUGCUGAGGCUAAUCGUACAGAACGCGUUACAGUGAGGAAGUGGUUUAAAGCUCUCAGUGAUCUUCGAGGCAAAGAGAGGUCCCUCCUCCACGGGGACUACUACUCUCUUUACUCCUCUCCCUCAUCGCUCUCUUUCCUGCGUCUAUGGGACCAAAGCGAGAGAUACAUAACAGCCGUCAACUGGGGGUCAGAACCCGAGACACUAAAACUCACUCUGGCACCUACAGAAGGAGUAGAGCUACCAAAGAUGGCCAAGGUGAAACUAUCGACGGAUGAAAACAUUGAGGUAGACUCCUCCAUGAGCCUGGACAAAGUCACACUUGGGCCUGGACAAGCGGUCCUCCUGCAGUUCCCUUUUACAGGCUGAAGAUGGUGUCAGUACCAUAAGAAAGCUUCCUGUUGAUUUUAGAGCUGUGUUCAGUUCAGUCCUAAACAUUAGGCAUAAGCUUACAUAUUAAAGAGAUACUGAAUUUUUUUUUUAUACAGUGUUAACUGGGUUCAUUAACUUUUGAUUUUCCUUUUAUGUUUUAAUUUUUUUUUUAAAGAUGCAGUCACCACAAGUCUGCACUCACCAGUCGAGCUGAGUUCUUUUGUGAUCUUUUUAUUGUUGACUUUACAAAGUCUGAAUGUGUGAAGGACAUUCCACGUUUCUUUAAGCAUUCCUUUUACAGUCCUGAGUUUCUUUUCUUCUUUUAUCAGAUUAUAAAGUGGUAGACUGUUUCUUUAAUUGAUUAUUUUAUUUUCACUAAAAUGCACACAGGAAAACACAACACUGGACAUGUUUGACUCAAGGUUGUCAAGAAAAGUGAGCUGAAAAUGAAUAAACCAGACUGUACUGA